CAUGGUGGUGGAGAUAUAAAGACGGUUGGGAAACACCACUAAUUAUUCACAACGCCUAAAUCAAACCAUCUACAAUACGCACUAUACCAAACACACUCUUCUCGUGCCAGAGAACCAUAAGCCCUACCAACAAACCCGCUUCCGAGCAAUCUACCAUUACACAUCAUGCCUGUCGGCCAACAAGAAUCCGGUGUUACGUCCGGUGUCAAAUUCGUCACCAGCACUAUCGGCAACACCGUUGGCGGCCUCACAAACACCGUGGGCGGUAUCGUAGGCGCCGCUGGCCGUGGCUUGGGCGAGACACUUGAGGGUGCGACGGGCAGCGCUGGACGACCCGUGGCGAGAGGGCUUGCGGAUGCCGCGACGGGGGUCGAGAAGGGUGGACAGGAUAUUGCGAAGGGCGUGAAGAAUGCCGGAGAGGGGAAGUAAGGGUUUGAUGGUUGGAUACUGGAUACCUGGGAUGUACUGGACGGAGGAUGACUACUUGAAAGGAUAGGAAAGGUGUAUUUCUGGUUAUAUAAUAUAAUC